AUGGGGCCGAGGCUCUGGAGGCCUCCUCAGGACAUAAGCCUGGAAGAAUUUGACGAUGAAGACCUGUCUGAGAUCACUGAUGACUGUGGCCUGGGCCUCAGCUACGACUCAGACCACUGCGAGAAGGAUAGCCUCUCCCUGGGGCGCUCGGAACAGCCGCACCCCAUCUGCUCCUUCCAGGAUGACUUCCAGGAGUUUGAGAUGAUCGAUGGCAACGAAGAGGAGGAGGAGGACGGCGAGGAGGAGGAGGACGAGGACGGGGAGGAGGAAGAUGGGGAGGGCAAGGAGGGAGGAGGCCCCGGCUCUUGGGUCCCGGCCUCAGAGCCUCUCAUCCCCUCCCCUGCCCUGGAAGAGCCCCACAGGCUCCGGCCCACCACGCUGCACCUGACCACGCUGGGAGCCCAGGACUCCCUGAACAACAACGGAGGCUUCGGCCUGGCGCCCCCGGCCUCCUGGCAGGAGACCGCGCUUUCGCCCUCCUCGGAUCCCGGCAUCGAGGCCGACCUCAGGAGCCGCUCGAGCGGCGGCCGCGGGGGCCGUCGCAGCAGCCAGGAGCUGUCGUCCUCGGACUCGGAGGAUGCAGGCGGCGCGCGCCUGGGGCGCAUGAUCUCGUCCAUCUCGGAGACGGAGCUGGAGCUGAGUAGCGACGGCGGCGGCAGCAGCAGCGGCCGCUCCUCGCACCUCACCAACUCCAUCGAGGAGGCCUCGUCGCCCGCCUCGGAGCCCGAGCCCGAGCCCGAGCCCCCGCGCGAGCCCCCGCGCCGCCCCGCCUUCCUGCCCGUGGGCCCCGACGACACCAACAGCGAGUACGAGUCGGGCUCGAGCGAGGAGGACAGCGGCGGCGAAGUCAGCGAGGAGGAGGUGGGGGCUGCGCUCCUGGGCGGUGGCCAGGUUCCCGGGGACGCCUCUCCCGACAGCCCUGACCUCACGUUCUCCAAGAAGUUCCUCAACGUCUUUGUCAACAGCACAUCUCGCUCCUCCAGCACCGAGUCCUUUGGCCUUUUUUCCUGUCUUGUCAAUGGGGAGGAGCGUGAGCAGACGCACCGGGCUGUCUUCAGGUUCAUCCCUCGGCAUCCGGACGAGCUGGAGCUGGACGUGGAUGAUCCCGUGCUGGUGGAGGCCGAAGAGGACGACUUCUGGUGCCGGGGCUUCAACAUGCGCACAGGGGAGCGCGGGGUAUUCCCUGCCUUCUACGCGCACGCAGUGCCUGGACCUGCCAAGGACCUGCUGGGGAGCAAGAGGAGUCCCUGCUGGGUGGAGCGCUUCGAUGUGCAGUUCCUGGGCUCUGUGGAGGUGCCCUGUCACCAGGGCAAUGGCAUCCUGUGUGCGGCCAUGCAGAAGAUUGCCACUGCCCGGAAGUUGACUGUCCAUCUGCGUCCUCCAGCCUCCUGUGACCUGGAGAUCUCUCUUCGGGGGGUCAAGCUAAGUCUGAGUGGAGGAGGACCUGAGGUAGGGCGCUGCAGCCACUUCUUUCAGAUGAAGAACAUCUCAUUCUGUGGCUGCCACCCCCGUAACAGCUGCUACUUUGGCUUCAUCACCAAACACCCCCUGCUGAGCCGCUUCGCCUGCCAUGUCUUUGUCUCCCAGGAGUCCAUGAGGCCCGUGGCACAGAGCGUGGGCCGCGCCUUCCUGGAGUACUACCAAGAGCACCUGGCCUACGCCUGCCCCACAGAGGACAUCUACCUGGAGUAGCCGGCCUGCCACAGUCUGGCUCCUGCCCCGUCGGCUCCGGGCGCAGCCGGGCUGGGCAUCUCAGGCAGCCACCCUGGCUUCGGCGAGGACUGGGCUGGGGCAUGUGGGACCUUACGUCUGUGAGAGUCUUCAGGCUGGGAGCUCUUGUCCUCAAUCCCUAGGGCACGGCUGUGGGGGCACGGGGGCCUAGAACCCUGGUGCCCCCACUUUCCUCAGAUCCAUUCUUCUGUCGUCCUCCUCUGUCCCAUGAUCUUUUUCUCUCUUUUCGUGUCUCUCUGUGCCUGCAAACUUUGCCCUUUGCUCUUUUCUUUGGGGUCAGAACUUUGGGGCGUGGAGGAAGGCAAGGCUCUAGGUGCCUGGUGAUGUUAGGCUUUCAGAUGAUCCCCUCUGCCCCUCCUCUGUGAUUUAUAAAGGAGUUUUAAUUUUUAUAGUGAAUCUCAAGGGAUCAGCCCAUCCUUGACCAGGGGGACCCCCCACUCCACACCCCGUGAGCUCAGGGGGAGGUGGGGAGCGCCCAAAAGAGCCCUGGGGAGGCUGGAAGUGGUUCUCGACGCUCACCUGGAGCCCCAGACGCUGCUAGGAGAAGGUGCCCUUCCAGGCCCCACCACACUGUCGUCGGCUUUGCUGCUGCUAACACACCCCUGCAGCCCAGCGUGUAUCUGCCCCACGUGUGCCCCACGCUGUGCACGUGGGCCCUGCCCAUGGCCUCAAUAAACUCUCUGCUUGGUGUGA